AUGGACAAGCAGCCAGCAAUUGCUGAACCAUCUAAGGAUGUCAUCAAGGCGAUGUCUCCACAGCUCAAGGAAGUAAAUCUGUUUUUCAUGGAGAACACAAACGGACUUCCUUCCAAGUUCGGCGUCUGGCGGCCUGCUGGCUUGUUACUGCAAUUAGAGAAGGUAAUAGGGCUUUCCACCUUUAGUGUGCCUUCAACAGAAAUUUCCAGCACCUCUAAACCAGUAACGUUCAAGAAAGCUUUCGGUGGGCUGGCUGAGUUGUCACAUAUUAUUUGGAACCAGCCAUCAAGGUAG